AAAGGCUAAUUCUUUAUUUGAAUUUGUUUAGGCAUCGUUUGACAUUUUCUUUUCGUUUUCUCUUUACAGUUGCAUAAGGGAAGGGAAUCACAUCAUCUUUAUUACAAGGGAACAAACUCAGACACAAGGCAAGAGAAGAGUACAAGAAGGAACAGAAGGCAACGCAUGUGAGCAAGGAACAGAGUCAUUACAUGUGACACCAAAAGCAAAAGAAGAGUACAAGAAAGAACAGAAGGCAACGCAUGUGAGCAAGGAACAAAGUCAUUACAUGUGACACCAAAAGCAAAAGAAGAGUACAAGAAGGAACAAAAGGCAACGCAUGUGAGCAAAAGAACAGAGUGUUGUUGUAAUUUUUUUUCUAGCUUUAUGAGUUGUGACAUUGCUUGUGACACAAGAAGACAAUACUUGAUGUUUCAUGUUUCAUAGAUGUUUUAUAUAUUGUACAACCACGAGAGAGAGCAACACUAUCUCAUAAUCAAAACCCUUCUUUCUUUCUUAUUCUUCUCGAAAUAAACCCUUCUUUCUUUCUUAGUCUUCUCCAAAAAAACAAACCCGUUCUUUCUUUCUUAUUCUUCUCCAAAUAAUCAAGAUAUUUUCCACAUUUCUUUCUUAAAAUUUUAUAAUGGCAUCUUCUUCUUCUACUAAUUUCGAUGAUGAAAUGGAUGAAAAAGCCGAUCAAAUUUUCGAUCAAGAAUUCCAAAAUCUCUUCAUUCAUCAUGAAAAUCGCCAAGAAGCAUCAAGGUCAAAAAAGAAACGAGCCUACAUUGAAAGACAACGAGAACAAGGACACAUGCAAUUAUGGAACGAUUAUUUUAGUGAAGAUGCAACAUAUCCUUCUCACCUGUUUCGACGCCGGUUUCGAAUGAACAAGCCCUUGUUCAUGCGUAUUGUUGAUCGACUCUCCGCUGAAAUCCCUUACUUUCAACAAAGAAGAGAUGCUACUGGAAGGUUCGGUCACUCUCCGUUACAAAAGGCAACGGCAGCAAUUCGUAUGAUGGCAUAUGGUUGCCCAGCUGAUGCGGUCGACGAAUACCUCCGACUUGGUGAGACCACCGCGCUUUUAUGCUUGGAAAAUUUUGUUGAAGGAAUCAUAAAUUUAUUUGGAGAUGAGUAUCUAAGAAGACCCACGCCAGAAGAUCUUCAACGACUACUCGAUAUAGGAGAGAUACGCGGAUUUCCCGGGAUGAUAGGAAGCAUUGAUUGUAUGCAUUGGGAGUGGAAGAAUUGUCCGACUGCAUGGAAAGGGCAAUAUACACGUGGAUCAGGAAAGCCAACCAUUGUUUUAGAGGCUGUAGCUUCACAAGAUCUUUGGAUAUGGCAUGCAUUUUUCGGACCUCCAGGUACUUUAAACGAUAUUAAUGUUCUUGAUCGAUCACCAGUUUUUGAUGAUAUAUUACAAGGCCGAGCUCCAAAAGUGAAUUACAUUGUCAACGGACACGAGUACCAUUUGGCUUACUAUCUCACGGAUGGUAUUUAUCCAAAAUGGGCUACUUUUGUCCAAUCAAUUCCACUUCCUCAAGGUCCGAAAGCAUCCUUAUUCGCUACACAUCAAGAAGCUGUACGUAAAGAUGUCGAGCGUGCUUUUGGGGUCUUGCAAGCUCGAUUUGCUAUAGUCAAAAAUCCAGCUCUUUUGUGGGAUAAAAUAAAAAUUGGCAAGAUCAUGAGAGCAUGUAUCAUUCUACAUAAUAUGAUUGUAGAAGACGAACGAGAUGGGUACACUCAGUUUGAUGUAUCAGUUUUCGCACAACCGGAAUCAAACCGAAGUUCCCAAGUGGAUUUCAUGUAUUUUACAGAUAUGCCUUCAAAUCUCGGAAAUAUGAUGAGCAUUCGGAAUCGAGUUCGUGAUAAUACAAUACAUCAACAAUUGAAAGCUGAUUUGGUUGAACAUAUUUGGCAAAAAUUUGAAAGAAAUCAAGAUUUCGAGUAAUCGGCUUUUUCACGUUUACGAUUUGUAUUUGUAUUUUUCAUAUAUUUUAUGUAAUUUUUAUUUCAAAUUUUAUGUAUCUUUUUAUUUUAAAUCAUUCUAAUAAAAAAAAUUAAAAAAAUAUUUAAGAACCCCUAUGGGGUUCUCCCAUUGGAGAAACAAAUAAUAAUUUCCACUAGGCAAGAUUCUUAACUUCUCAUAUCA